GCGGGGGAGGGACGAGAACUUUCCGCGGCCGCGGGCGGACUCUCCCCUCAUCCCGGAGCCGCCAGGCAGCCCGCGAUUGUCGCCGUCAGGCAGCGGGGAGACCGCCGACAUGACCCACUUCAACAAGGGCCCCUCCUACGGGCUCUCCGCCGAGGUCAAGAACAAGAUUGCCCUGAAAUAUGACCCCCAGAUUGAAGAAGAUCUGCGUAACUGGAUAGAAGAGGUUACAGGGCUGAGCAUUGGUGCAAACUUUCAACUGGGAUUAAAAGAUGGCAUAAUCUUAUGCGAGCUUAUAAAUAAGCUCCAGCCAGGAUCAGUGAAGAAAAUUAAUCAAUCAAAACUAAAUUGGCACCAGCUGGAGAACAUUGGGAAUUUUAUCAAAGCCAUCCAAGUCUAUGGCAUGAAGCCACAUGAUAUUUUUGAAGCAAAUGAUCUUUUUGAAAAUGGAAAUAUGACUCAAGUGCAGACAACUCUCGUGGCGCUAGCAGGUCUGGCAAAAACAAAAGGUUUUCAUACUACAAUUGAUCUUGGUGUCAAAUAUGCAGAGAAACAAGCACGAAGUUUUGAUGCAGGAAAACUAAAAGCUGGUCAAAGUGUAAUUGGCCUGCAAAUGGGCACCAACAAGUGUGCCAGUCAGGCAGGCAUGACUGCAUAUGGAACUAGAAGACACCUCUAUGAUCCAAAAAUGCAAACUGAUAAGCCAUUUGACCAGACGACAAUUAGCCUACAGAUGGGCACUAACAAAGGAGCCAGUCAGGCUGGUAUGCUGGCACCAGGUACCAGGAGAGACAUCUACGAUCAGAAGCACAUAUUACAACCAGUGGAUAACUCAACCAUUUCACUACAAAUGGGUACCAACAAAGUGGCUUCACAGAAAGGAAUGAGUGUGUAUGGGCUUGGACGACAAGUGUAUGACCCUAAGUACUGUGCUGCACCAACAGAACCUGUCAUCCAUAACGGCAGCCAAGGAACAGGAACUAAUGGGUCAGAAAUCAGCGAUAGCGAUUAUCAGGCAGAAUACCCGGAUGACUAUCACGGAGAGUACCAAGAUGACUAUCAAAGAGAUUACCAUGGUCAGUACAGUGACCAGGGCAUUGAUUAUUAGCUUUGCAUCAAAAGUCCAGUAUUAGUCCAUUAUUUUAUUCAGUAAGAACGAAACUAGCCUUGUGGAAUUGUUACCCGUCUUUCCUACACACUAUACUUAAUGUACCUAAAGAAAUAUUGCCUUACGUACAUUCCUUUUUCCUUUCUCUGCCCUUUCCCUGUCUAGUUGCCUUUAGUGCUGUAACAGUUGUAGUCUACAGCAUAAACAAUAACUGCAUAUGAAGUAAAAGGAAUACUGUGAAAGGGGGAGUGCUCUUGUACAGCCAGGUUGUCUGAUAUGGACCUAUGCAUUUUCACAAUCUCUACUUAAGCAGGUAUUUACAUACCACAUUAAGCCUUCAUUUUACAUACUUACAGCUCUUCUAUUUUCCAGAUGAGAUAAAAGAAUUUCAUGCUUAAAAGUUCAAUGCAGUCUUUGCCAAUUAAGUCUAAGACAUCGCAUUAGUGAUUUAAAUAUCAUUAUUAUGUUUUUAAAGUGUUGUUUGCUAAUGGUAAGUCCUGCAUUAGACAUAAGUGUGCAUUUGUGAUUGUGUACUCAUUCCAUUAUCAACACUGACCAAACUCUUAGAAAUAGUUGUCUUACUAAAAAGGGAGCGUGUACAAAGUCUUGAGCCAACAGAAGUCCCAUGAUUGAUGGUGCAUUUACCUUUUAUUGUGCCAUAAUAUAUCCAUGUAGAAAUGCUUUUUCUUCCUCAAACUGUAUUUAUUGCCACACUUCUCAAACUGAUCCCAGUGUAUUUUUAUAAAUAAAUAUUUUUUCUUAAAGGUA